CAGAGCGUGACCUACUUCUAAAACAAGAGUUGAUCUGCGCUACAAGCACUCAUAACUGCCUCCCGCGAUAUGAUCGUAAUCUAUUAUCAUCAAUUAGAAAAUUGUGCAAAACAUGCCACAAGUGUAGCGCCGCGUUCCGAUCUUAGCUGGUCAGUGUGUUGCGAUGAGUGCACGAAUAUAGUGGUUCGACCUAGGUUCUCCAGAGGUUGAUAUAGAACUUGCCAUGAUGUAACGUGAAUGUUAUUAAAUUCUAAGAGAUGACAAAGGAUCGAUUGGAAGAGUUGCUUGAGAAAAGCGAAUUCAAAGAUUUCGAAUACAAGUUCGUCCAGGAGCAUGAGUUCAUAACUCUACACAACCAGGAGCAGAUCCUGGAGGAUCUGGAUCGAUUUUCGGAAAUUGCCAACUGGAUUCGCGAUCUGCAGCGGAACAUUCUCGACAUAGAGGUGCACCUCUUCUGCGAAGGCUUGAUCAAGGCCAGCCAAAAGCUGAAGGAUAAUGCCAACUUGUGCUACAGGAUCUUCGGUGCCGUCAAAGGGCUGCAGAUGGAACAGGACAGCAAGUGGGAUGUCCGGCGGAAGUACUGUGGCAAAGUUGAACGGGAUGAGGAUUUGGUGAGUCGUGUGCGGAGUACCCAGUUCGAGAGUAUCAAGAUGGCUUACAUAGCCGUGUACUGGAAGUACAAUGCGAUGGUGCAUCGCUAUGAAGAUACGAUCAGGAAGAGCGGUUCGAUAGUGCCAUUCCACGUAGACCCCGAUCAAUUCACCUACUACGACGCCUCGGAUCCCCUACUGCUGGAUGGCAUCCAAUACCGGAGGAUCUCACUCGCUGACCAAACCCUUCAAAAGUUCUCCUCCGUCGAAGAGGAGGCCCGCCAUACCCUAAACGUCACAGAGGAACGCCACCAAGACCUGUUGACACUGGAACGAUCCCUCGUUGAAAUGCGGGACCUGUUUGUCCUGUUUUCCACCCUGGUGAUGGAACACGGUAGUCUUCUGAACCUGGUCGAAGGAAACAUUGAGGUUGCCUCGGUCCAUGUGGCCAAGGCGGCGGAGGAUCUGAAGCAGGCACGGCAACUGCAGUGGCGAGUGGCCAAGCGGAAAUGUUUCUGCCUCAGUCGGACGGCUUUGCUGGUGGCCGUUUUGGGACUGCUGGUGGUGAUUGCGAUUUGUGUGACUAUACAAAAGUUGCUAUUUUAG